AUGGCUGACGUCUUUAAUCGUCGAGUCGUGUUCGUUUGCUCAUCAAUGGGAGCAUCAGAAAUUUACCACAAGGACGAGUCUGUCCCGAUUCCGUCUACUUGCGGUGACCCCGAUGAUGAAGAGCUCUCGUUUAAGUUGUUAGAGGAUGCUGAGAACGAAGAUGCGGAUACCGUUACGGCGAGUAUGGAGGUACACGAGUCCCAGGUGAUCUCCCAACCAGUGGAUGACCAAAUGCUGUUUAGUCUGGAGUCGUGGAGGUUUGAAGAGUAUAUCGAAGCAGUCCGUCAUGGGGACUUUUUCCGUUCUGUCAAGAACGUAUUCUCUCAAGUUGGCGCGCGAGAGGAGCCACUUUUGAUUGAAGCCCCAAGUGAUGAAGAACGCAAAGAAGAUGAAGAACAAGUUGAUGCCGAGACGAGCAAGAGAGCUGAUCUGAUGACCAAGUUGAUUGAAGAGAAAUAUUUUGUAGCUGGUGGGAGUGCUCGCCUGAUGUUUGACUACACGAUGGAAGGUGCUAUCGAAUCUAUUGAUCUAGCCAUGAGAAAGGUGCCCGAUUUUAAGCGCUAUCUCUUGGAGCUUACUGGAGAUGGCUCACCCAGCGCAGUCAAUCGGAUACUGGCACGAUACCGCGGUAUUGAUGGCUUUGAGGAAGUUCGUUUGGUGAGCAGCUACGUCGUGCGGAAGUUUGCGAAGAGCCUAGGACCUAAGCUUUUCCUGCGGUUCAAAGAGGUGUGCCAAGUAAACCCAUCUGUCGAUGGCUAUCUUCUGGAGGGUUGGUUUUUUACAAGCCUCGGCCACAGCGAUCUAUCCAUUUGGUAUAACGAGGAGGACUUGAAAACGAAACAGCUAUGGGAAAAUGCAGAGGCAAUUUACUGUGAUCCAGAUAAACAAACCUCACUCCGUUCUCUCAAACCGACGUGGUUGGUUCCGCUGAAGUGGAGGCAAGGUGGCUACGACGCAGUAUUUGUUGACCCAGUGCAAAAGUUGGAUCGAUUUGUCCAACUGACACGUGGUCACAAAUACUCCUAUAAAACGGAGCCAUUUGUGAGCAGCAGCACAGAGUUUUGCCAACAUCGAAAAGGUUGA